AGUUUGGGCACUGACAGAGUCUUAACCAAUUGGUGGCUAAGCACACACGCAACAUUCGGUGGUCAGUUUGGUGUGUGUACUUGCUUCUUUUUUUUGCUUUCGUACAUCACAGUCUAACCAUUUACGUCUAUUUAGCUGUAAUCGUUUCGAGGUAUCGUAAAUAUGCAUGGCUUCAAUGUGGUUCGACUUUUUUGGUUCUGCGUUUUGCAUUCUACAACCUUGGCGCUGUACCCUGUUCUGUAAGCAUACAUCAAUCUGGAUCACUUGUUGUAUAUCAAAACAAUCACUUGAACUUGAAAUUCACUCGUACAGCCCAAUACGUACGUAUGCACUUCAAUUCUAAAUGCUCGUCGUCAUUCUGGUCGAAGCGAUACUUUGUUUCAAUUUCCCGUUGUGAUUCAGUUUGAAAUUCGUUCCCACUCUUCGUGCAUUGUUCUUGCUUAUACAGUACACGUUGCUUACACGCUUCAUACUUACACAUAAUCGCAAGAAACACAACGAUUGCGCUUACGCGAAUAAGCUAAGCAGCACGGUUCAGCAAAUACCCUCAACGGCCCACUGCUAUAAUAUAUAUAAAAUACGAUUUUCCGUUUAUUUUUUCUUUGAUUCUUAAAGAAGCAGCGCGCGCACAACUCAAAAUCAUUUCAUCCGUUCGACAGGUUUACACCUCAAUCAUAGAUUAGUUUCGUUAUUUUUUUUUUACUUCAAAGUUUAGAACAAAUCGACGACAAUAAAUUAUAAACGCGUACAAACGCGCGCGAGGUGAUCCGUUGAAUGCUGUGGUAUCUUUCAGCAGCGAGUACAAAUGUAGUGUUUAAAAUUAAUUACCAAUAAAUCAUUCGGUUGAUCACUCGCGCGUGAUAAUAAUACAACUGCAAGAAUAUACGAAAUUUGAACAAUUAGUGCAAGAAACAAUGGCGCCAACGCCAGAAACAUUCGGACCAGUAGUUCCAAUACCGAAUGACAAUGCAAGUAAUACGGGCUCACCGAAGAAUCACUAUAGAAAUAAAGCAUUUGUUCAAGAUGAAGUGCUGGAUAGCACAGCAUCGCCACCAGUAUCAGCACAAGUAAACGGUUUGAUGCAACAAAACCGGUCAAAUGCCGAAAACAUAUCGGAUACAUUGGAUUUCGAUGAUAUUUUGCCACACAUUGGUGAAUUUGGCACUUAUCAGAAAAUCCUCUUCUUCCUAAUGAUCCCAUUCGCAUUUUUCGUUGCAUUCGUGUAUUUUUCACAAAUUUUCAUUACACUUGUACCAGAAAAGCAUUGGUGUCGAAUCUUUGAACUAGAGCAUUUACCCACCGAACAACGAUUGUUAUUGGGUAUUCCACUAGAUGAAAGUAGUAUUAAUGGCCAUAGUAGGUGCUCCAUGUAUGCGGUGAAUUUCACACAAAUUCUGGCCGAUGGCGUUACAAAAGCUGAUCCCAAUUGGCCGACAGUGCCAUGCCAAAAUGGAUGGGAAUUCGAUAAGGAGGAGCUACCGUAUACAACUAUUUCUACGGAGCUCGAAUGGGUGUGUGAUAAGGCAGCAUUGCCGUCGUUUGCUCAGUCAAUAUUUUUCUGCGGUGCCAUUGUAGGAGGUCUUUUAUUUGGGGUGAUUGCCGAUCGGUAUGGUCGAAUACCGGCAUUGGUUGGAACUAAUAUGCUUGGAUUUAUCGGUGGAAUCGCAACAGCCUAUUCGUUUGAUUUUAUCUCAUUUGCUUUUUUCCGUUUUAUCGUCGGGUUUGCAUUUGAUAAUUGUUUUACUAUGAUGUAUAUUCUAGUGUUGGAAUAUGUUGGUCCAAAGUGGCGUACAUUUGUUGCGAAUAUGUCGAUAGCGAUAUUCUUCACGAUUGCUGCAUGCAUGUUGCCAUGGAUUGCGAUAUUCCUUAAAAAUUGGCAAUUAUUAGCGAUAGUCACAUCGGUCCCAUUGGGUUUAUCACUAUUGACGCCAUGGCUUGUGCCCGAAUCGGCCAGAUGGUUGGUUUCGCAGGGUAAAAUAAAAAAAGCCGUUAAAAUUCUUCGGAAAUUCGAGAGGAUCAAUCGCACCGAAGUGAAACCAGACAUUUACGAUCGAUUCGAAAAGAGUUGUACGCGACUACACAAAGAAGAAACGGCCAACAGCAAUUAUUCAACGAUUGAUUUAUUCCGAAAGCCACGCCUAAGACAAAUCACUAUGCUAUUAAUUGUUAUUUGGAUGGCAAUAUCGCUGGCUUUUGAUGGACAUGUGCGAAAUGUUGGCGCCUUAGGCUUAGAUGUUUUUAUCACAUUCACGAUUGCAGCAGCCACUGAAAUGCCAGCCGAUGUUCUGCUAACAUUUACGUUAGAUAUUGUGGGUAGACGUUGGUACGCUUUUGGCUCAAUGGUUUUGAGUGGCAUUUUCAGUUUAUUAUCAACAAUAUUCCCGAUUGGCAUAUAUUCGGCACUGAUGGCGAUCAUUGGCCGGUUCUGGAUUAACAUCUCGUAUAACAUUGGACUGCAAUAUGUAGCUGAAGUACUUCCGACCGUUGUCAGGGCACAAGGAGUCACAUUCAUUCACAUUAUGGGCUAUGUGUCCAGUAUUAUUGCACCAUUCGUCGUCUACUUGAGCUACAUUCAUCUCACGUUACCGCUCAUUAUUUUGGGUGUAAUCGGCAUCUUUGGCGGUAUACUAUGCCUAUUCCUGCCCGAAACACUCGACGAAGAAUUGCCACAAACUCUCGAAGAUGGCGAAAAGUUCGGAAUGAACCAACGCUUUUGGGAUAUUCCAUGUUUCAAAAGAAAAGUCAAGGAUGAACCAGACACUUGCGGCUUUGAACGAGCCACAUCCAGAAUAUCGGUUGGUGCGUCUUUGCGCGCUUCAUCCCGUGCCGAAAUCGGUUCGAAUUUACUUCAUCGAUCCGUCAGCAUUCGACGGUCGACGAAAGCCACACAAUGCCCGCCACUUGAAGGUCUCCCAAGCAACUAACUCUGUAAACACACAUUUUAUUUAUAUUACAAAUAUAUAUUUUUAUAUUAAUUUGAUUUUUUUUAAUAACAAAUAGUGUGAUAAUAAACCACCUGUUGUGGGUUUCAUAUUCAAUUAAAUCUUGUGUUUACUUUUUGCU